GACAUCCCUAGAUUUAUCAUUUUAGUGAUCAAAUUAUUUGCAUUUUCACUCUCACUUCUUUAACGAAGCGAAAAAAGAAAUGUCUGCAGGCAAGCCCAAAACCUUCGACAUUGCUAGAGACGCUGCAGAGGCAUCAAAUUAUGAUAGAGGAAUAUGUUACUAUAUGCUAUGGGGCCUGUCAGUCAUCAUCUGUAUAUGUACCAUGCCGAUCUCACUUUGCUUCUGUCUGAAGAUUGUUCAAGAGUUUGAACGAGCUGUCAUCUUCAGACUAGGUCGGUUAGUAGCAGGUGGAGCCAAGGGACCAGGAAUGUUUUUCAUUCUUCCCUGCAUCGACUCCUACCAGAAGGUGGACCUUAGGGUUGUGUCAUUUGACGUCCCUCCACAAGAGAUUUUGACAAAAGACAGUGUGACAGUAGCUGUGGAUGCUGUUGUCUACUUCAGAAUUUACAAUGCAACAAUGUCAAUCACUAAUGUUGAGAAUGCGAACCGCUCCACUCGUCUGCUGGCCCAGACGACCCUCAGGAAUGUGCUGGGAACAAAGAGCUUGAGUGAAAUUCUCACUGAACGAGAUAUCAUCAGCCAUGUUAUGCAGUCUGCACUUGAUGAGGCAACGGAUCCAUGGGGAGUCAAAGUUGAGAGAGUUGAAGUUAAAGAUGUACGUCUGCCACAACAGCUGCAGAGAGCCAUGGCAGCAGAAGCUGAGGCCUCAAGGGAAGCCAGAGCAAAGGUUAUUGCUGCUGAUGGAGAAAUGAAUGCCUCGCGAUCCCUCAAAGAAGCUGCUGACAUUAUUGCAGAAAACUCACAAGCUCUUCAGCUUCGCUACCUUCAGACCUUAACAACCAUCUCUGCUGAGAAAAACUCAACCAUUAUCUUCCCUCUGCCAAUUGAUUUCAUGAGUCAAUUCCUUCCAGCCAAAUAAGCUACAGUUCUCUAGUUAUUUCAUAAUUCCAUACCAAAUCAGUAGUAGGUAUUACAUUGUGUACUGUAUGCUAUUAGGUAGGUUAUCUUUGACAUUGCAUGAUAUAUUACAACACCAUGUGCAAAAGUAUGACUACAUUUAAUUGCAUACUUCAAUUCUAUGUGCAGGCUUUUUUGCUGCCAAACAAGCUUUUACACUCCUAUACCUGGUGACCAGCCAGCUUCGCAUCAAAAUGUGUGCAAAAAACCUAAGCAUAAAAGUAUGCAUUACCAAAUACAUUAAUAAAAUGUGCAGUCAUACUUUCACAUGUUGUGCUGUUCAUCCUGCAUGGGCGGCAUAGUGGUGAUAAAUGGCGCUCAUCUUGCAGCACCAAGUUGAGCUAUGGUUCUAUUCUUGAGGUAGUUAUUGUAUGCGAGCAGAGUUGCUUAUUGAUGCUCGCCUGGGAUUCAAAACGUUUUUCUCCAGCCAUGUAAGCUUGGACACUGAUAACACCACUGAAGGAGUUUUUGAAGUUGAUUUUUAUUUACCAUAUCAGUAUUAGGUGGGUUGUUAUUUUGUAUAGUGUGUGUGUCUUCUUUGAAGGGCUUUUAAAUUUAAGUUUAUUUUUAUUUACUUUAUCCAUAUUUACCGGUAUAUUAGUCAUAUUGAUCACAGUUUAGUUUAACUGAGCUCUUCACUAAAGGCCUUUUUGAAGUCUUUUACAUACUGUAUCAGUACUGGAUGCAUUGAGGUGUGCAUCUACGUAUGUAUGGCUUUACAAAUUUUUUAAAGAAAAAUGUCCCAAAAUUAAGGCCUCUUUGUUUUUGGCCAGUGCAACUAAACGCAAUAUCUAAAGCUAAACAGCAUGCAAAAAUAGCAUUGCAAUAAAGCAUUGUACUGAUGACAAUCAGUUGCUUUAAAUCAACUCAGUCGAGUUUGUUUGAGAUUAACAUAAGAGUGCAACUUAUUCUACAUACAUACUCUCAAAGGUGCCAAAGUAUAGAAAAUACAUUAUACAUUACAGUCUGACAUAAUCAAAUUGAAAUAUAAUCAUGGAGUUCUGUCAUAAUAGACCCUUUUAGCUUCGUUGCGUGUUGUACACACUUCAGACCAUGUGAUGCCACUCUUGGGAGUUGAUUCUUUCAUGUGUAAAUAUUUUAACAUGUUCAUCAUAAAAGAACAAAUCCCAAGGGAAUGUCAUGUGAUCUGUAAUGGGCAAUAUUGGAUACCAAGCUAAAGAGGUCUAUUAGCUUUGAAAAAUUGGGGUGAAGAUAAACAAGGGUAUUGAAUUAUAUUUUAGUGCUACAGUCAUCACAUCUAUGGGAUGUCACCUAAAGGUCGAGAAAUAACAGAAAAUUUGAAAUAUUGAGGUAACACAACUCCACCAUAAUUAUAAUUUAGCAUCAUAAUUAAUAUUAGAAAAUUUAAGAAGAUUAAGAGUGAUGGUACUUGAUGAUGUAAAAUCUAAUAAAGGUGUAAUAUAAUGUCCGAUAGAAACAAAAGAAAGCAAUAUAAUUAAUGUACUACUGUUAAUAUUAGU